UCCAAGAGAAGGCAGAGUAUCUGGGUUGAGGAAGGCACUGGUACAGCGCAGCUGGAACCCUGAGCUGCUCUACUAUGAGGUUUGAAGUGCUUUGCUCAGUCUUGCUGGGGCUGCUUGUAGCCCAAGGAACAGGGAAAGACUGUCCUCACAAGAAAGCCGCUACUCUCCUGCCAUCCUUCACCGUGACACCUACAGCCACAGAAAGCACAGCAAGGCCUACUACCAGCCAUAGACCCACCACCACCAGUCACAGGAAUGUCACAGUUCAUCCAACAAGUAAUAGCACCACUACUAGCUUUGGACCCACAGCUUCCACUCAUAACCCUGCCAUGACCACCAGUCAUGGGAAUGUCACAGUUUAUCCCACUACGAACAACGGCACUGCUACAAGUCCAGCAAUUACCAUCGGCCCUCACCCUGGACCACCUCCACCCUCUCCGAGUCCUAGUCCAGGCUCCAAGGGGGCUCUUGGAAACUACACAUGGACUAAUGGCUCCCAGCCCUGUGCUCAGCUCCAAGCACAAAUUCAAAUUCGAAUUCUGUACCCAACCCAGGGUGGAGGAAAGGCCUGGGGCAUCGAUAUACUGAAUCCCAACAAAACCAAGGUCCAGGGGAAUUGUGACCAUGCCUGUCCCCACCUUACUCUCUCAUUUCCUUAUGGACAGCUCACCUUUGGAUUCAAACAGGACACAGGGCAGGGGCAGAGCACAGUCUACCUCAACUACAUGGCGCUGGAAUACAAUGUGUCCUUCCCACAGGCAGCACAAUGGACAUUCUCAGCUCAGAAUUCAUCUCUUCGAGAGCUCCAAGCUCCCCUGGGCCAAAGCUUCUGUUGCAGAAAUACAAGCAUAGCUCUUUCUCCAGCUGUUCACCUUGACCUGCUCUCCCUGAGGCUACAGGCUGCUCAGCUUCCCAACACUGGACACUUGGGGCCAUGUUUCUCCUGCGCCAGUGACCAAUCCCUCUUUCUGCCUCUCAUCAUUGGCCUGGUCCUCCUUGGCCUCCUCACCCUGGUGCUUAUUGCCUUCUGCAUUACCCGAAGACGACAAUCAACCUAUCAGCCCCUCUGAGCAUUUGCUGCAAUCCACUCUGGGCCACCAAGGAACACCCUCAUUUCUUCAACUUGCAACUGACUCAAAGUUAUUUUUCUUCCUUGUCUUUAAGAACAAAAUUAGAGAUUCUGUAAUAGGGGAUUAAUAAACAUGAAUGGGUGUCC